CUUUCUUCUUUUCUCUUUUUUUUUAUUUUUUUCUCAAUAAUCUUUAAACCCUUCUUUUAAUAAAAAGAAAAAUGGCUACUAAACCACAAAAUAAGACAUAUCAGUUUAAGCUUGUGCUUUUAGGUGAAUCUGCUGUUGGAAAGUCUAGCUUGGUAAUGCGUUUUGUAAAGGACCAUUUUGACGAAUACAGAGAAAGUACUAUUGGAGCUGCUUUCUUGGCACAGACUAUUUCAUUGGAUGAUAAUACGACAGUAAAGUUUGAAAUUUGGGACACAGCAGGACAAGAGAGAUAUAAGAGUUUGGCACCAAUGUAUUAUCGAAAUGCCAACUGUGCUGUUGUUGUUUACGAUAUCACACAAGCUUCAUCCUUGGAUAAAGCCAAAGCCUGGGUUAAUGAAUUGCAACGUCAAGCGGACCCUAAUAUCGUAAUUGCAUUAGCGGGUAAUAAAUCUGAUUUAGGAGCAAGAAGAGCUAUUGAAACAAAGACUGCUCAAGAAUAUGCAGAUGAAGCUGGAUUAUUAUUCUUUGAGACUUCCGCAAAGACAGCCGAGAAUGUACACGAAUUAUUCCAUGCUAUAGCCAAGAAAAUGCCACUUGAUCAAUUGGCUGAUGGUUCUCGUAAUGGCAGAAAUAAAAAUGGAUUGAAUGCUCGUGGUGUUGAUUUGGAAAAUGCAGGCAAUGCUGCUAAUGGUUGUGCCUGUUAAAUACAACCCUGUAGCCAUUCACAUAUUCCAUUUAAUUAAUGAUCAUUAUAACAACAUCAUAUCUAUACUCACACCACCCAGCUUACCUUACACACACACACACGCUCACCUAUAUAUCAAAUUCAAACACAUUUUUACAGCGAGAUAAUGUACUCUUAACUACCUUCUUUUUCUCCUCCCCUUUUCUUUUUCCCUACUUUGGUUUCUUUUUCCCCCUUUCCUUUUAUCUUUAUAAAGAAAAUAAAACAUCAU